AUGGACCCAACAAGUGAUCCCGACUUUACCCCACCCUCGCGGCAAAAGGAGUUUGAACCAACAGCCCCUCCACACAAGAUCCCACAUAAUUUCCCUAUUCAGCCGUUUGUGAUGGAGGACUUGGGCCAGGCGUUGGACGGGCCAGCCCCACAUCCGUCGACCUCGAAUAACAAUUUGAGGCCGGGAGCCGUCUCGCUAAAGUCGUAUGAGAGCACAGGAGGAGGAGGAGGAGGCGGGUCAGGAGCAGACUCUGACUCGAAAUACCAAUCCAAGAUUGCCCGCAAGCAUACCGAGUUGAUCAACUCGUCUUCAGACGAGGAAAACCUCGACAUCGAAAUAGACUCGGAGCCAGGCAACACCAGCCAAGAGAUUCUCCCGCCUUCGAUCCAGAUAAGGUCUUCGCAGAUUGCCGACUUGGAAGAAGUGCCUCAUGGGAUCCAGAGACAGGCGAGAAAUUUGAAAAAUUACCAUUUCCCAACGCAUAGGCUAGCCACGACGUUGCUGGACGACUCAAAAUCGCCCUUGGUUAUAGUCGCUUGUGGGAGUUUUUCUCCCAUCACGUAUCUACAUCUCAGAAUGUUUGAAAUGGCGCUAGACGCGGUGAUGGAGCAAACGAGGUUCCAAGUUGUCGGGGGCUUUUUCAGCCCCGUCUCGUCAAACUAUAAAAAACAGGGGUUGGCGGAAGCACACCACCGAGUGCGUAUGUGCGAAUUGGCAUGUGAAAGAACAUCGUCAUGGUUGAUGGUUGACGCUUGGGAAUCGCUUCAACCGAGGUACACGAGGACAGCGUUGGUGUUGGACCAUUUCAACGAAGAGAUCAACAUCAAGAGAGGCGGCGUGAUGACAAAGUCGGGCCAUAAACGAGGCGUCAAGAUUAUGUUGCUAGCAGGCGGCGACUUGAUUGAGUCCAUGGGUGAGCCAGACGUGUGGGCCGAUGUCGACCUCCAUCACAUCUUGGGCAAAUACGGCUGCUUGAUAGUGGAAAGAACGGGUUCAGACGUUCGAAGUUUCCUCUUGAGUCACGAUAUCAUGUAUGAGCAUCGCAAAAACAUCAUGGUCAUCAAGCAGUUAAUCUACAAUGACAUCUCAUCGACAAAGAUCCGCUUGUUUAUCCGGCGAGGUAUGUCGGUGCAAUACCUUUUACCAAACUCAGUCAUCAGAUAUAUACAACAGCAUAACCUCUAUGGCGAUUCGGAACCGGUGAAACAAGUUAUGUUGGACAGAGUAGAAUAA